UUUAUUUUGAAAAAAGUUAAAAAUUCUUCAAACGUUUAAUUUAAAAUUAUCAGUAAAAGCCUUUUUGCGUUUGUAUACGAGUACAACAAUACAAUAUGAAAACAUUCAAUAUAUCGAAUGCAACAGAAAUAUGGCAGAAAGAAACAAGCCUACCGUCGGUUGCUUCUUUCAGUCAAAGCUUGGAUAAUAUCUUGGGAACUAAUGGGUUUCAACUUGGCAGUAUUACUGAGCUACUAGGUUUACCAGGAUCUGGUAAAACACAACUAUGCCUGCAACUUUGUGCUUCAGUACAAAUACCAAAAGAGUUGGGUGGACUAAAUGCCGAAGCACUAAUCAUAGAUACAAAUACUAACUUUUCAAUAUCUAGGUUUAGAGAAAUCCUAAAAGCAACCUUGCUAAGAUGUCAGUCCAUUCUGGGUGAGCCUUUGCAACUAACUGAAGAUGAGGCUUUGAGUAAACUGCACUAUGUAAACGCUUUUGGACUUGAAAAGUUCUGUGCAUUCAUGUAUAGACUGCCUAAUUUUCUAGGAGCACAUCCUAAUGUGAAACUAAUAGCAAUAGAUUCAAUAGCCUACCCCUUCAAGGAUGGUAUAUCAACAAAACAGAGAACAGGACUAUUGUUCAAACAAAUGGCAGAACUUCAAAGAAUUGCAGUACAACAUCAAAUUGCGGUAGUGUUAUCGAACGAGAUGAGUACUAGAGUCGGGUUAUCAACCGGUGCGGUGGUUGGCUCGCUCGGAGACGCUUGGGCGCAUCGCUGCAACGUACGCGUUUUGCUUAGCACCCCACAAAUACCUCAAGACCCCACUGAAAGGCUCGCGUUAUUACUCAAGAGUAAUGUUGCCCCUAGCAAUGUGGCGAGAUUUAAGAUCACAGAAGAAGGGAUAAGGGACGCAGAAUGAAACACGGACCAACAUACAUAAGUAGUUUAAUUAUUAAUGUAAAUAUUGUGUAUAUUGUAAACAAAACUAGAGCACCAAUAAAUAUAUCAUUUUCACAAAAUAUUCAAGCUUUAAUUUCUAAAACAUCUCAACAGUUAUACAAAGUAAGGCAGUAGCAAGUUUACGGAAUUAUCCGGUAGUAUUUCAUCGCGUUGUAUUAUGCGUUUUCUUAUGACACUAGAGUGAGUAACACGCGUUUGUAGUCGCCUUUCGUAUCGUCCUGCAAAUCAUUACAUUGUACUUUGUAACGUUAGCUUAGUUCCAAUACUUCGAUCAAUAUAGCAUGCCAAGCCAAACAGUUACGUGUAUAAAAAUAAUAAUAUCUUUAAUAAAAAAAUAUAAUUCAAUCUGCAGGAUUAAGCACAAAGUGUGACUAGCACAUUCCUGAAGUCACCCGUUAGGUCAUCCUGCAAAGAAUACCGAAAUAAAUCUACCGCUUGUGCAGUUCGUACUAAAUAUAUAAAAGAGAAACUGGCCCAUACUUAUGAUUCUUUAUUCACAAAAAAUAAUAUUCGAAAUGUUAUCACAAAAAUAAAUCUUAAAUUUAUAAAAUGCGUCGUCCUUUAGCUUGUGCAGAUCUAACUCAGGAACAAUUUAUUCGAUUUUGUGUUUUAUGUUGUUUGUUUUAAAUCAUGUUUUCUCUGUUCACUGGUUAGAUUUGUAUGUGUGAGUAAACAAAAAGGGCACAGCUAGUAAAAUAAUAUAGUAAGUACCUAAGUACUUAUAAACAUAGACAUUGGAAAAACAGUACUAGCGCGUUCCUUUAUAAAGUAUAAUUAAAUAAAUGUCUUUAAAAUGCAACGUAGGUGAUUGUACUCGGUGUGUGCUGACGCUUAAUAUUAUGAUUAGAAUACAACUUCACACUGCAGCAUCACACACAUGACAAGACGCUCGUAAUACUGAGUGUUAUAUGUUAGGAUUGUUGAAGCUUUAAUAGCACAGUGUCGACAGGAGAUGACCGAGAUGUCCUCCUAAUUCCUCCUGAAAAAUUGUAACAACUACUUGUAAAACUGAGUCAAAGGGACACGAGCCAACGUGUACCGCUACCCUCAUGCACGCACACGACACGAAGCAGUUAGCUACAGUGCAAAGGAUAUUACAUGAACGUGAGUAAGGCUAAUAGGAAGCAAAAUAUACAGAUCAUUUUAAUAAAACUUAUUCCUGACGAGGAUAACCUAAAGAUAUGGCACGCUGAAGACUCGACUGACCGCUAGGAUGAAGUACACGGCCCUCGAGAGAUGUAGUGCUUUGAGCGUCGGACGGAAGAAUCGUCAGUGUGCCCGUACCCUAACAGAUCACUUCGCAACCUAACGAAUUGACAGACAAACUUAUAGUAACGAGAUAGGUGGUUAUCGCAAUCGUUGCCCGGAGACACCUUGUGACCACAUUCUCAAUCUAUUCAACAAGAGUCAACAGAGCCUUCUUGUAAUCUCCAGAAGUGUCGUCCUGUAACCAAAAUGGGCCACUA